AUGAGACCUUGCGUACAUUCUUCCGAUCCUGUGCAGUCUGAACCCAGGACGUCCAUCAUGGCUCCAUCCGUGCAAACCGAAGACGGGCCGAGAAAUAACAUAUCGAGCCUCGAAAAAUAUAAAUACCUUGAUGUAGGCACUUUUGAACAGAUUCUAGAAAUGGACGACGAGGAUCAAGAGAGGGAGUUCAGCCGAAGUAUAGUAUAUGGCUUUUUCGACCAGGCAGAAGCCACGUUCCUCAAAAUGGAAUCCGCCAUCUCGUCCGAAGAUCUAGCUGAGCUGUCCCAACUAGGUCACUUCCUCAAGGGAUCCUCGGCUACCUUGGGCCUGACCAAGGUCAAGGACGCCUGUGAGAAGAUCCAGAACUACGGCCAACAAAAGGACGAGUCUGGCACCCAUCCUGAGCCAGAUAAAAGCAGGUCGCUAGCCAACAUCAAGAAGGCACUGGCCGAAGCAAAGAAUGAUUAUCACGAUGUCGUUAGCGUGCUCAAGUCGUUUUACGGCGAGGAAACAACCGCAUAA